AUGGUAAUACACUUUCACUCAUUUCAUCAUCACUCUCACAAACUACAUUCUAUAACAACAAAAAAACCUUUCAUUCUAUCUUCUCAUAAUGUUAGUAAACUCAAAUACACUAGUUCUAAAAAUUACACCCCAACAGUUUUCGCCAAUUCCAAAUUUCAGACAAACCCUAAUAGCAUAGGUUCAUCCCCAAAUAUAGAGAAAGAGAACAACAAUCAUCUUCACAGAUUAGCCAAAAUUGGUGAAUUAGAUCGAGGGUUUAGGUUUCUUGAGCACAUGAGUUUCAAAGGCCAAAUUCCCGAUGUAUUUGCUUGCACAAUCCUCAUUGGUCAGUUUUGCAAAACCGGUCAAACUAACAAAGCUACACGAGUCAUGGAAAUUCUAGAAACUUCUGGUGCGGUUCCUGUUGUUAGAGCCUACAAUGUUUUGAUUUCUGGUUAUUGCAAAUCGGGGGAGAUAGACAAAGCUUUGCAGCAUCUAGAACGAAUGAGUGUUUCGCCUGAUGUAGUGCACUCACUCUCUUUUGCGUUGGUUGGUGAUAAAAGCAGAUGUGAUAACCGCCUAAAUGAGAUUGCAGAAAGGGCAUCUGCAGAUAAGCGUCGUGAGGAAGAAUCAUUGGGCAAGAAAUAUGAAGAGAAAUACAAACAAGUGGCAGAAAUAGCAUCCAAAUUGACUGUAGGAGAGGCUAUGUUUCGUGAUAUACAGGAAAGGAAGACGGAAUUGCAGCAAGCCAUCGUCAAAACGGAACAAGGAGGCAGUGCAGAUGGUAUUCUUCAGGUUCGUGCUGAUCGCAUACAAUCAGAUCUCGAGCAGUUAUUUAAAGCUCUUGCUGAACGGUGCAACAAACAUGAGACAAAUGUGAAGUCAAUCGCAAUGGUUCAGCUUCCUGAUGGUUGGCAACCCGGAAAUCCAAAGGAGGCAGCUGUUUGGGAUGAAGAUUGGGAUAAAUUUGAAGAUGAAGGAUUUGCCAACGAUCUCACUUUUGAUACGAAAAAUGCCUCUUCAGAGCCAAAACCUUCAUCCGUUCCCGCAGAACAAAAUUCCUUUGAUGAUAAUUCAGUUUAUGGUUCACCUGUGAAUGCAAAUGGGAGGCAAGAACAUUUUACUAAUGGCGAUUAUACAGUUGAGAAGGAAUCUUCCUAUGCACGGAGUGAAGAUGGCUCGGCAAGAAGCCCCCGUGAUAGUCCAUUUGGAAGGAAUACAGCAGAGAGUCCUUCUAAAUUGUUUUCAACUGCUCAUUUUGAAAGAAGUCCCGAAGCAGAUGCAGAAACACACAGAAGUUUUGAUGAAUCAACCUGGGUUGAUGCACUGGCCCCAUGGUUGUCAACAUGGAAUUUAAUUCGUGAGAGUGCUAUCGAAUAUAUAUUUAACCGACACAAUAAAAAGCGAAACAAAACACCAAAAAGUAUAUUUCGAACUUUGUAUCAUCUUGAUGGUAUGGUGUGCUACAAAAAUCUGUUCAAAGCCAAUGUAGAUUCUAACACAAACUCUAAAGGUAAAAAUUGAAAUAAAAACUAUGAGGAACCUUCAUUUGGUCUUCUGAUAAAUCAAUAAAAUGAACGCCAGCAUCUUGCAAUGUUCAUUCCCCAAUGGCCAAUACUGUAAUCGGAAUGUGUUAAAAAAUAAUAAUUUCCUUUGAGUAAUAACUUAUCUUUGUAAGAGCAAUGGUAUAUAUAAUUAGAGAUAAUGCGCAUGAAAUGAUAAUUUUGUUUUUUAUGCAAAAGGGUAUUAUCAAUAUUAGUAUAUAAAGGGACUUGAAUUCAAAGCUAAAGUAUCUUAUGCCAUGGAUAUACUAUACUAUAAUUUUAUAAGUAUCUCAUGAACUCUGACAUUUUAUA